AUGCCAAGCCUGUAUAGGCUGCUAUGUCUGGGAUGUCUUCUUGCACCUGCCGGCUGCGAGGCGCCACAGGCAGGCAGUGGCACAAAAGCUCCAAAGAAACGGCGCCGCGGACCUUCACUUCGCAAGAUCCCUGCCAGAACGUUCCUCAUGGGAGGCGACGAGCUUUCAGGAGCUCCUGGAACCAAACAGGUAUCGCUGCAGGCGUAUGCAAUCGAUGAGACGCCAGUCACAAACUCACAAUUCCGGGAGUUUGUCAAAGAGACGAAAUUCAGGACGGAUGCUGAAAAGUACGGUUGGAGCUUUGUGCUGAACAGCUCCCUGAGCAAGGCUGUACUUCAAGAAUCUGGGCAGCACAUCGAGAGCGCCCCGCAUUGGGUCGCCGUCCAAAAGGCCUGGUGGCGACAACCGGAAGGGCGAGACUCCUCUCUGAAGGGCAGAUGGGAAGACUAUCCUGUUGUGCACAUCAGCUGGACUGAUGCAAGUGCCUAUUGUGACUGGGCUGGCAAGCGGCUGCCGACUGAGGCUGAGUGGGAAAAUGCUGCUCGAGGGAAGAGAAAGGAGUCUCUCUACCCAUGGGAGGGGAGCUCAGACAUAAGCACAAGCGGAAGGUGGAUGAUGAACAUUUGGCAGGGGCGCUUUCCGCUUGAGAAUUUGCUGGAGGAUGGCUACCAUGGCAUUAGCCCUGUCAAGGCAUUUCAAGCAAACUCCUACGGCCUGUUCUCAACCGUCGGGAAUGUCUGGGAGUGGACUUCAGAUCCCUUUCCAACGCAAAGCAGGCAGGAGGAACCGCAAUGGACACUGAAGGGCGGAUCGUUCAUUGACAGCCUUGACGGAGAGUUCAACCACAAGGCAACCGUCGUGACCCGUAUGGGCAAUACUGCAGACAGUGGAAGUUACAACACUGGGUUUCGCUGUGCAGCUGGCAAAGGAGGUGGUGGGCGGAAACGCCCUCCAGACCAAAAAAUGUUGCAGCAGCUGGCAGAGGAUGGUGGCAUCGAAGCUGUGCAAGAGUAUCUGAAGAAAAGCGGAUCCAGUGCCCAGGCGCCUUGA